UCGCACUAUGAUCAGUAUGUAUCAGAUAAACGAAGUAGUAGCUGGUUGCGUUGAUGGACUGUGCACGUGUAGCAAAAAUAUCUCGAGACUGGCAUCAAGAAACAAGACGACAAUGUCACGAACAGCUCUUGAUGUUGAAUCUUUCGCGGUGUUCACGUCUUUUGCUCGUACAAAUGUCGGGCGAUUGAUAUACAUAACUUGCUUCAUGCAAACAUAUCUACUUCGGCCAAGUAAUGCAGGAACGGUCAUCAUCCCUAGCUCUCGUUUGGUGAUCCAAGCACUGGAUGGUGGUAUAAUUAGCAUGGAUUUCAUCAUACGAGAUCAGCAACAGUUCUUGAUGUUGAUCAGUCUUUUGCGGUGUUCAAGUGUCACUCGUGUAGAUGCUCCACGACCAUCUAUUAUGGACUCCUGGAUUGAUUUGUCUUUCUUCAUGCAAAAAUAUCUACAUCGGCCAGUUAAAACAAGAACGGUCACUUGCCUCGAUCUCGUUUUGGUGGACCAACCACUGGAUGGUAGUAUAAGUAGCACAAAUUUCACGGUCAUACGUCCACCAAGUUCGCCUCUGACUCACCCGUUCUCUACCAAUAUGACCAUAGUCUCAAACGAUCCCACUUGGUGGCCGAGCAUCAAUGCAUACAGUGUUUUGAGCUAUUUUUCAGUUGCUGCCACUGUUGGAGUGACGUAUGAUUGGGCCCUUACACUCGGACAAGAGAUCGAAUUGGUCUGGAGGCAACGCUGGUCCUUAAUGACAGUCUUGUAUCUCAGUGUGCGCUACCUUGGAAUCUUAUCUGCUGUUCUGGCCAUACCAAACGAUGUUCCGACCAUCUCGCUGACAGAUAAAGUGAGCUGGAUUAUGUACGUCGUAUGGAAUUGGACGCUUGUUCUCGUAUUUGCGAUGCUGUGGGUCAUCAUCAUUACUCAGUUGCACGCCAUGUAUCAACGAUCCAGAAGGAUGCUGGUAUUUCUCGUUGUCACCUUCUUGGCUAACAACAUCUUCGAUGGAGUGCUUGUUGCGAUAGCAAUGAUGAAUUCUUCAGGAGAGGAACUCGUUCUCUCUGGCACUUAUCGGUGCUCGAUUUCCCAUGCAGAAGAUAUCAGACUUUUGGAUUCUGUUGCCUGGAUACUUUCUGUUGUGUGGGAGGUCCUCGCACUGUAUCUCGCAGUCUGGAUUGCGAUAAAACACUUCCGUGAACUGCGACAACAUUCAACAGGAGGGAUUAUGGGGGACUGUUUGAUGGUGUUGAUAAAAACUCACAUGCUUUACUUUGCGAGCUCUGGUGUCGUUUCUUUCUUCCAGCUCAUUAUUAAGUUCUCUCCAACACUCUCAACGGACAACUCCCUAGAAGCUCAAGCUGUUUAUGGCUUGCUUCAAAUUUUGCAGGCUGUGCAGAUGUUUGUGCUGGGACCACGCCUGAUCCUUAGCAUUCGAGAAUAUAACGCGCGGAUUGUGACUGACUCCGACGCAGCAACUGCCAUGACCUCGAUCGCUUUCCAGGAGCGCGUGCAUAUAUCGACUGGGAGUAGUGUAUGA